AUGCCUACUUCUAUGUUUCUCAAAUUGGGACUAGGAAAACCCAGGCCCAUAACCAUUAUGUUGCAGUUAGCUGACCGUUCAGUGUCAACGCUAGAUGGUGUUAUUGAAGACAUCUUGGUUCAAGUGGGAACUCUGAUUUUCCCCAUGGACUUUGUCAUUCUGGAUUUUAAGCCUGACCCAGAGGUCCAAUUUAUUUUGGGACGCCCAUUUCAAGCAAUCGGAGGUGCAUUAAUUGAUGUGGAGGCCGAUAGACUCACAAUGAGGGAUCAUGACAAGGUCGAGGUAUUUGAUGUAUAUAAGACACUGAAGUUGCCUGCAAUAUAUGAGGAGUUGUCUGCAAUUACAGUCGUUGAUGAAGCUAUGGCAUCUAAAUAUGUUGAAGCCCAAGACCCUUUAGAGAAAGUGUUAAUUGGGCAAGACAUUGAGGGAGAUGUUAUAGCCCAGGAGUUGGCUAAUGUCCUAAAUGUCCCGAAUGUGAGUAUGCUUCACAAGUUCGUGAAGCCAUUAAACAGAGUCAUGGGACCACCUCUGAAGCCUUCGAUUGAGAAGGCACCAAAGUUGGAGUUAAAGGCUCUCCCUUCUUAUCUCAGGUAUACAUUCUUAGGUGCUAAUGAAUCUUUACAUGUAAUCCUUUCUUCUGCUUUGUCCGAAUUGCAGGUUGAGGCAUCUCUGAAAAUAUUGAGGAAGAGAAAAAGGGCUAUAGGAUGGCAGCCAUGA